AUGAGAGGGGUGGGUUUAAUGCUACGUCGUUUAGCGGGCGGUGGAAGGGUCCCAUGUUCGGCCGGCCGAUCGCUUUCAAUCGGUGAGAACCUUAUUCCGUCGUCGGCAGAGAUCACUUCGUGCUCCUCCCCAAUCCUCUCCGGAGACGUCGUCCGCCCUCUUUUCCUCUCACCGACGGCCCCUUCUGGCUUUCAGGGCGUUUUGCUGAAUCACUCUCGGAGCUUCUCAUCAUCACCCUCCUCAGAUACAUCCAAGGUGGUGUUAAUUGAGACUGAGGAGCAAUUUAACGAUUCACUUCGAAAGGUCCAAGAUGAAUCUUUACAUGCAAUAUUCUACUUCACUGCAGUUUGGUGUCCUCCAUGUAGAUUGUUAUCCCCCAUAAUUGGGCAGCUUAGCGAGACAUACCCCCAUGUCACCACAUAUAAAAUAGAUAUCGAUAAGGAGGAGCUAGGAAAUGCAUUGGACAAGCUAAAUAUCCACUCCGUGCCCACAUUGCACUUCUUUCAAGACGGUAAAAAGGCGUCAGAGUUCAUUGGAGCAGAUGUUAAGCGCUUCAAUGAUACCAUGGAAACACUCUACAAAAAAUCAUGA